UGAAUAAAUAUACUAUUAAAUGAAUGGUAUUGUUUUGCUAGCAUUCAUGGACAUUAUCAUUUUACAAAACAAUAUUAUACACAUACAUAGUCAAUUCGAAAAUCAUUAAAAUAAAUUGUUUCUAUAUUCGUGAUAGAAAAUAUUAAAAUUAAUUUUUAAAAUAUGAAAAAACAUUAGUGAGCAGUAAGGCAUGAUCAGAGUGGAUAAGAAGUCCACUAUAAAUAUAUGGUUGUUUGGAGAUAAAAUUGUAUAGAUUUAUGAAUUGAAAAAAUUACUACAAUUCAUUAUAUUUACAAAUUGAAGCUACUUUAAUUACAAAUUUAAAAAAAAUCGAAUUUCAUAACAUAUACGAAUAUGGGCAAGCUUUUUUUUUUUCUGGUAGGAAAGCUUUAAAGAGAGAAGAGAUAACUAUAUUAUUUUUUGUUUCCAAUCUCUACUUUCCUUAUUAAUAUGAAUAAAAAAAGACGUGUAUGAUAUGACCAUUAAAAUAUCAAAUUAGGUAAAUACUAUAAACUUAACAGUGUUUAUUUUAAUUGGGAUAUUGGAUUAAAAGUCUAUAUUAGAUUAAACUUAUACUCGGAUAAUGCAACUGGAAGAGAUUUUUUUUGAUAACUUUAUGUUCUAAAAAAUUUAUAAGAGGAUUGAAAGAUUCAAAGAGAGAAAAUAUAACUAUACUAUUUUUGAUUCCAGACUCUACUUUUUACAAAAAUCACCUUCGUCCCAUAUUAAGCAGUUACAAAAGCAUUAUAUAAUUAUUUGGUAAAGAUAUUAUACUAAAAACUUUUCUUAGUUCACAAAUAGAAUUCACUCACCCUCACGUGACCACGAUUUCCCCAGCCAGGCGAGUGCACAUAACUGGCCAUCGGAUAUCUUCUGUCGGGAACGCACAUAACUCUAUCACGGUUAUGAAUUUAGUUUUAUGUCUCAAAUUUUCUAUCUAUUUAAUAUGAAGACUAAAAAAAGUUAAAAGUUUAUUUAAGCUUGGGGUUAAUGACUAUUUUCAAAAAGAUCCUGUCAAAUACACAAUUUAAAACAAAGUUACAAUAGAAAAGAGAAUCUUACGCUUGGCGAAUAAACCUGGUUAGAACUUCGAAUUAAUAUUAGGUUGUAUCUUAUUUGGGCUCAUAUAGCCAAUUUCUAACGCUAUGGACUUAUCUAUUAUUUAUCCUAAAAGUCCCUUUAUCUAAUUUAAACAUCUCUUUUUGGGUUUAUCUAUUUAUAUAAUAUUUAAAUACAAAUAAAAUAAACUCAAUUUAGUUUAAUAACUACAUUUAAUACACUACUUCUUUUGCGUAUUGUAUAAUUUCUAACUGUUUAAAAAGGUCCAAUUUUAUAAAGUUUAUACUUAAAAAACUUGAACAUCGAUACAAUCAGAAAUUUUGUAGGUAUUUUAACUGUAACAUAAUAUGGACUUCUCCUUAUUUGUAUGAACGAUAAGUGUUCUCCCAUAACUUUUUAAAAAAUAGUAUAUAGAUAUGUUAUAAACAUCUUUCUAAUUUUUUUCCCAUCCAGGAACUUCAACCGGGAUCACACAUAAAAGAAAAAGAGGACGCCCACCCGGAUCACGCAACAAGCCCAAAGGUGUGUCAUUACUCUGAAGAUAUAUUACUUUAUACUCUACGAGAAUAAUAAUUUAAAUUAUGAAUGUAUUUUGUAGUCAAUCAGAUAUGCAAUCCACCGACUUUCAAACCAAAAUACUAUGAUUGUAAGUUUAAAUAGAUAACUAUAAUAUAUUUUACACCAGUAUCUAUUGAUAAACUAAAUUAUUUAUCUAAUUUAAUCGUACAGGUGGCUGUGAUAAAUGUGACACUUAUGGUAUAAAACCAAUCCAGUCUAAAAACAUUAUUAUCCCACAAUAUCUAAUGCUUAUAUUGUCUUAAAUGGAUCACUUUUAAUUUAUCCAGUGAGACAGAAAAACGCACGAGGGAUGAGAAAAGCCAUCUUGCUAUCCAAACGAACGUCAUCCCUGCCACAAGGUAACAAUCCCUGUCAACUUUAAAACAAUGUAGAAACUAUAACAGAAACUUAUACGUCUCAUCUGCAUAUGUUAUACGUAUAGGUCUACAUGCUCCACAAGGAUCUCAUGACUUACGUCCAACAAGAACUGCGAAGAAAGGUGCAUAUUUUCAACUCAUAUUUUAAAUAAAUGUCGAGAAUGAGCACGAUAAAUUAAAAGCUAAUAUCGGUAAAUGUUAGGUACAUAAAAUAUUAUAUCUCUUUAUAAUAAAUUAAACGCUCUUAACUAUAAAAAUACUAACCGCAAUGUUUUAACAAUUUAAAACACCUUUAUCCACAGAUAAAGGCUCCACAUCUAAAGCCGAAGAUAACCCCAUCGUAGAAUGCACAAAAUGUGGUGCAUUAAUGUGGACUUCAGAGAGCACUGGUAAAGACUUCAUAACAGGUGAACUAACCUUCACUAUUUGCUGUAACCAUGGCCAAAUAAAGCUUCCACCGAUCAAUCAACCCCCACCCAUGUUAGAAGAACUUCUUCAGCAAAGGUGGUUUCGAGAUACCAUUCGAGUCUAUAAUUCGGUACUGGCUUUCACCUCGAUUGGAAUGAAGAUGGAUUAUACAGUGGUGAAUGCUCCCGGACCCUACACUAUACGGAUCCAAGGUCAAACCCACCAUAGAAUAGGCUCGCUACUACCGAGACAAGGCCGCCCCCCCGAAUAUCUCCAGCUUUAUAUAUUUGAUACGGGCAACGAAGUCAGAAACCGUCUAAACGCGAUGGGCCAAACCUCAAUAGAAGGUAAUCUUGAUGAGACAACCUUGGCGCGCCUCAUCGAGAUGCUUGAUGAGAAUAAUUGUUUAGCCAAGCUUUUCCGACGGGCACGUGACUACUACGAAGACAGCGGGCAAGAGUUUAAUAUAAGGUUGCUCUCAGAUAAAGGGAAAGGUAAAGAAUACGAUCUCCCGAGUACGAGUGAGGUCGCAGGCCUUAUCGUAGGGGAUAUGUCAUCAACAAUUGGAGUACGAGAUAUAGUGGUUCAAUUCCAAUCUGACACUUUGCAGCAGAUACGUGACGACCACCCUCUGUACAUGAGCCUCCAAUAUCCUCUUCUCUUUCCACAUGGUGAGUAUGGAUAUCACCCCGAAAUCUCAUUGCAUCUUGAGACAGGCACCUCGAGAACAAGGCAAUUCUUGACAAUACGCCAGUACUACGCUGCUCAGAUACAGACACGUCUUAACCAGGGGAUGACAUUGGUUAAAGGGGGUCGUCUCCUCCAUCAAUAUGUUGUGGACGUUUAUACGGCAAUCGAAGAAGAUCGGCUAAGGUGGGCCAGAAAUAAUCAAGAUGUUUUGCGAGCCGAGCUCUACAGUAAUGUACUCGAUGCUGUUAGCAAGGGUGACACUGAUGCUAAAAUUAUUGGACAAAGGUUCAUAUUGCCGCCCAGUUUCACCGGCGGGCCUCGAUACUUAGUUGAAAAAUGUCAUGAUGCGAUGGCUAUCUGCAGAGAAUAUGGGAACCCGGAUUUGUUUAUCACAAUGACGGCCAAUCCUAACUGGAGAGAGAUUAAAGAACAUCUUGAAAUAUACGGUGGAGACUCCCCCAAUGAUAGACCAGACAUUGAAUGUCGGGUCUUUAAGAUGAAGUUAGAUCAGCUGCUGAAGGAUUUCAAAAAAGGAACUUUCUUCAAGCCAUACACUGCAGCUCUCCACAGAAUAGAGUUUCAAAAAAGAGGCCUCCCUCAUGCACAUAUAUUAUUGUGGUUUGGAAACUCAUCCAGAACACCAAGUUCGGAAGAGGUAGAUGAGAUUAUUUCAGCCGAGCUCCCAAACAAAGAAGAAGACCCCGAAGCUUAUAAUUUAGUGACAAAACACAUGAUCCAUGGUCCAUGUGGUGUCAUUAAUCCGAAGUCACCGUGUAUGGAAAACAAUGUGUGCACAAAGAAGUAUCCUCGGCCUUAUAAUGAUAGUACUUCGAUUGACAAAUCAGGGUACGUGUUAUAUCGUCGCCGCCGAAAUGAAAAUGAGUCUGUGGUUAAAAGUGGGGCAACCCUGAACAACACGUUUGUUGUACCUCAUAACGUUAAUCUCUUAAAGAAGUACGAGGCUCAUAUAAAUGUGGAAUGGUGUAACCGUACAAGCGCAGUGAAGUACUUAUUCAAGUACAUAACCAAGGGUGUUGACAGAGCAUCCGCAGUUAUUGAAAAAGGAAAUACGGCAACUACAUCUGACACAGUUGCUUCUGCAGAACCAAAGGAAAAAGUGAUUAAGCAGCGGAAUGAGAUCCAAGAAUACAUCGAAGCCCGGUAUUUGUCAGCUUGUGAAUCCAUGUGGCGAACUUUCGCAUUUCACAUACAUAAAAGAAAGCCUUCCGUUGAGAAACUUAUCAUUCACUUAGAAGGCGAGCAUAACAUCACCAUUAAAGAAACUGAUAACCUCGGCCGCGUAAUCCGCAAACCAGGUAUUGAGAAGACAAUGUUUACUGAAUGGAUGGUAUUAUGCAGAAGGUCAGCAUUUGCACGGACAUUAACUUAUGUGCAAAUUCCAGAAUAUUUCGUCUGGAACAACACUUCCAAAGUCUGGUCUGAGCGUAAGAAAGGAAAAACCAUUGGGCGAAUUGUGGCUGUCCAUCCAUCAGCAGGUGAUCGAUACUAUCUGAGGAUCCUCAUCAAUAAGAUUAAAGGUCCUAGAAGUUAUGACGAGCUGAAAACUUUCAACGACGUGAAAUACCCUGACUUCAAAUCGGUUUGCCACGCACGAGGCUAUUUGGACGAUGAUGUUGAAUGGCUCGAGAGUAUGUCAGAAGGUGCUAGAACAGCCACCCCAUACCAACUCCGCGAUAUGUUUGUCACCUUUCUAACCACUUGCUUCAUUGCAAGCCCCAAAGGACUAUGGGAGCACUCAUGGAAAUCAAUGAGCGAGGACAUACUUCACAAGAGGCAAAGGAUCUUAGGCCACACAAAUCUGGAGCUGGACGAUGAGACACUUGAGCAGUACACGUUAAUCGAAGUGGAAAAGUUGAUGCGCAUGCAAGAUCGUUCUUUAAACGAUAUUAAAGAGAUGCCUAAGAUCAAACCUGUUUUGCUAAAAGAAUUGGGGAACAGUUUGUGGAACCAAGAAAUGGAUUACGAUGUUGCCGAAGAAACGCUCAAGCAUGACAAUCAGUACAACUUGCUUAACGCCGAGCAGCGUGCGAUUUACGAAUCAGUCUUAGACUCUGUUGAUAAAAAGGAUGGAAAACUAUUCUUUGUACAUGGCGCAGGAGGCACAGGAAAAACAUUCCUCUAUCAAACCAUCAUAUCCAGACUUCGCUCGAGGAAACAAAUCGUUCUCCCGGUUGCUUCUUCAGGAAUAGCCGCAUUGCUACUACCAAACGGAAGAACAGCUCAUUCACGCUUUAAUAUUCCUUUGAAGCUCGACGAAGAUAAGCUCUGCAACAUCAAACCAGGUACUAUGCUCGCUGAACUCAUCGAGAAAACGGACCUUAUCAUCUGGGAUGAGGCACCUAUGACGCACAAACAUGCCUUCGAAGCACUUGACAAAACAUUGAAGGACAUAAUGUCUAUGAAAAACCCACACGCAAAGGAUCAAACUUUUGGCGGAAAAACAGUUUUGUUAGGUGGUGAUUUUAGACAAACCCUUCCGGUUGUUCCACAAGGGAGUAGAGCUGAUACUGUCUUAGCUUCGAUAAGUCAUUCAUAUCUAUGGAAUGUCUGCCACAAGUUCCCUUUGAAGACAAAUAUGCGAGUCAACCAGGACGAAAAAGAGUUCUCUGAUUGGCUUCUCAAAGUAGGCGAGGGUCGUCUGCAAUCAGAACAAGAAGAUGAGAACGAUGGCUACCAUGACCAAAUGGUAAAUAUCGAUCCAACAUUCCUCCAAGAGACUAAAGAUGAGUCACUAAAGCAGGUUGUCGAUGCAGCGUAUGGUGAUACCAACCAAAUAGAGGCCUCCCAAAGUACCUACACCGACAAAGCUAUCCUAACACCCCGAAAUGAUACAGUCGAUGAGAUCAAUGCGUAUACAAUCUCGAAAACCGAGGGAGAGUCAAAAGACUACUACAGUUAUGAUAGCUUUGAGGUUUCGGAAACUCAAUCUAACCAAAAUGAUACACUAUACGCCAUUGAGUAUCUCAACUCGAUGGAGUUUCCAGGAUUGCCUUCCCAUAAACUCACUCUCAAAGUUGGGGCCCCGAUUAUGCUUCUGCGAAACAUAAACCAAACAAAAGGAUUAUGUAAUGGUACCCGUAUGAUCCUAACCCACAUAGGCGAAAGGGUGCUUAAGGCAGAUAUAAUUACUGGUUCCCACAUUGGAAAUGAAGUUCUGAUCCCAAGAGUAGUCCUCUUGCAUGGGGAAACACAGCUACCGUUCACUUUACGUCGACGCCAGUUCCCUAUCAGAUUGUGUUAUGCAAUGACAAUCAACAAAAGCCAGGGCCAAAGCUUAAAAGAGGUUAUCCUAUACCUUCCUAGACCUGUCUUCUCACAUGGUCAACUGUACGUGGCCCUAUCACGUGUAACAAGCAAAGCAGGACUACAAAUCAUCAAAGGCGAAGACUCACACAAACAAAAAGUGAAGAACAUAGUCUACAAAGAAAUCUUCAACCGCCUUCACCCACAUGAGAGUAAGUCAAACUCAAAACUCAGAAUCUAAUGGAAGAUAUCGAAGUGGUUAUUUAUCUAAUAAUUCAUAUCUAUCUACUAUGCAGCACUCGAGGUACCACCAAAAAUGAAUCAGAACUAAAACUCUUUUCGUGAUGAAGGUUACCUCACUACUUACAAGUACGUCUUCCUACUCUACUCUCUAAUUAAUUGAUAACUAAUACUAAUCUAUGUGCACUGAUAUAUUUAAAAAUAAAUUUCAGGCUCCCCAUCAUGGAAACUCCGUCCCUACCACCAUCCCCUUCAUCAAAAGUCCACCGUCUUAUUUAUGUUUUUUCUUCUAUGUUCUAAGACAUUAAAAUCUGCUCUUUAUAAUGAUAAGGACAAUUUUGCUUCUACACGAAAUUUAUAACAAAAUUAAAUUAUAAAGAUAUUAAGGUUAUUUUUCAUUUUGCACAACUUUCAAAACAUUAUAUUACUCAAACAAACUGAUGUGUUAAUUAAUUUUUGUCUACAAUAUAACAUACACUGUUUAUUUAAAAAAAAAUGUGUUGCAAAUAUUUUCAUACACCAUAACCCGGGCGUAGCCCGGGACCGCCCCUAGUUAAUAUAAUAAAGAAACACAAAAUUGUACACUAUAUUCAUCUAUAUAUAAGUCUAUGUACUUUUUGGUAAGCUAAAUUAAUGCACUUGUAAAUAUGAAAAGAAUAUAUAAAAUAUAUUUUUUAAAAAAGGAAUGGAUAAAAAGAGUGAAUAAAAUAAAGAUACUGAACGCUAUAAAAUGAAAGGAUAGAGAUACAGAUAAAUACUUAUGAAAAUUUUAU